AUGUCACUAUUGGCCCUACCCACCGAAUUAUUACAGCAGGUCGCUGCACUCCUCCCGGAUGGACAUCUCUCCAGUCUACUGCAGGUGAACCUCCAUCUAUACGAUGUACUGCUUCCAUGUCUCUACCAACGGCGUCACAAGUCUCGAGACUUUGCACGUAGCUGGCCAGCAGGUUUCAUGCGAGCCAUUGCGACUGGGAAUGUCCAAGGCACACAGAACUUCCUCCACUACGGCGCCGACGUGAACCUCGUAUGCAGUCAUCACUUUCUGCAUCAAGCAAAAGUCCCUAUUGAGCCCUGGUUUGAUUUGCAGACGCCGCUUAACGUGGCAGCGAGCAUCGGGAAUGACACGUUGGUAAUGAUGUUGCUAGGUCACGGGGCUGAAAUCAACGGAUUGAAGCACCAUGAUGGGGUUCGCUUUAGACACACCCAGCCAGCUAUCGCGGAUGCUCUAUUAUCAGGACAUAUAAGUACUGUUCGACUCCUGCUUGAACAUGGCUCAGAUAUCCAAGACUGCCAUAUAGAGGCUGGUCGGCUAGUCCUCUACGCCGUUAAUACAGGCCAGUUAACGAUGCUCCAGCUCCUGAAGGAGUUCGGAGCUGAUCUAAACAUCGCUUAUAAUCACGUGGAACCCCUACACAAGGCAGCCUGCUUGCGACAAAUAUCGACUGAUAUAGUACGGUUCCUGCUUGACCAUGGCGCGGAAAUCACCUCUUCUGAUCGUCGUCAUAGACGGUUUAUGGAAGAUGUGAUGAGAGGAGGGACCAUCGAUACUGCCCGGCUUCUGCUAGAACGCGGAGCGGUAUUUCCCCAGGAUGGAUUUCAUUCGGCUAUUGCCUGCGGAACGCCUGACUUUAUCCGCCUGCUCAUUGAAUAUGGUCACAAGCCUGAUAUCGAGUGGCUCAAGUGGGCUAUUAGGAGUCGGCGGCUCGAUCUAUUGCAGCUACUUCUUGAAGAGGGCGUUGGUCUCUAUUCCAGGGACGCUAGAGGAUCCACAAUCCUGCAUUAUGCGGUAAAGUGGUGCAGCUAUGAAAGCCCCACACAUGGAAUGUCGCAAGCGAUAUGCGGGAUUCCUGCACAGACGCCACUUGUGCGCCGUAUCAAAAACAUCGAGCCUCAAACGGUAUCACGUCCAUGUAGUAUCCAGGGCACCUCUAGGGGUACUUCGGAAGACAUCCUGCGCUAUGUCAUUCAUAGAGGGGCGGAGAUCAAUGCCUUGGAUGGCCCUAACAAACUAGGGUACAUAAAGCAGAGCCUCCCGGAAUAUGGUAACACCAUCAUCCGAUCUGAGGUGAAAGUGAACCAUCUUCAUGCGACGAUCUUGUCCAAAACCAAACACACUAUUCACAGAAGACUUCUCUAUAUCUUUCACAUGUCUUUCAAACUACUUGCCCUCUUCUCCGCAACAGUGCUAGCCACACUCAACGACGGCACAAACCUCGUUACUCCCGUCGUUGAAACCGUGACUACUUAUGAGACCGUUACAGGAUCUCCGGUUACCACAGCUGUAAACAAAACCGUGACUUCAUACAUUGAUCUAAUUGAAUCUUAUCUUGUUUCUGAACUGGAGGCCCUGGAGCCAACAUACCCAAGCUGGGUCGAAUCUGUUCUUGACACCGCCAUCCCGUCAACAUGGGCGGAGAGAAUGUCAAGCGAUCAGUCAUUCUCCAAGUCUGUGGCGGACGUGGCGGCAUCAGGGAUCCUGCCAGCCUGGUAUUCUAGUCUGCCAAGCGAUGUGAAAUACGUUAUGACAAGCGAUCAAGCUUUAUACAAAUCCGAGAUCUCUGCUUUAACUUGGCCUCCCGAGACUUUCGUUACCGGUUCCAGGUCGUUCUUACCUUCGACGCCGGUAUUAUCGUCAUCUAUCUCCUCUUCAUCGUCAUCCACGGAGUCAAGUACGUCUGACCCUAGUAAUGAAACACAAGCUUCUGAGACGUCUCCCGUGUCUACUGGGGGUGCGCCCGUCCCUACUGGAAACCUUGUCGUGAGUAUCGUGGGUGCUGCCGGCGUCCUGGGCCUUGCUCUUGCUUUGUAA